AUGUAUCAGCUUGCAGCGAUCGCCCUCUCCCUCCUCCUCCUCGUCGCCGCGGCGCCGGCCGCCGUCACCUGUAGCGAGGAGCUUGCUGCAGUGCUCCAGUGCCACCCGGCGCCGGCGCUCACGGACGCCGCGGACGGCGCGGCGUUCCGCGCCACCGUCCUGCCCCUCCUCGCCGCCCUCCCCUCCGCCGCCGCGCCGACGCGCUUCGCCUCCCUGCAUUCCGACGGCGCGUUCGCCCGGGGGUUCUGCUUCGGCGACUCCGCCACGCCGCCUUCAGACUCCGACUGCGUCCGCUGCCUGUCCGACGCCGCCAGGAACCUCACCGCCGGCUGCGGCGCCACCAGCCGUCGCGCCGGCAUCUUGAGCCAGGGCUGCUCGCUCUCGUACGCCGACACCAACUUUUCCUCGCCCGGCCAGGACGCCUUCCGAGCGCGCUUCCACCUGGCGCUCCCGAGCGACGCCGCCGCCCCUGCUUCUGACUCUGAGACCAGCGCCGGGGUCCUCUACUCCGCCGGCCUGCACGCCGAGCUCGUCGCCAUGGCGCAGCUCAUGGCGCAGCGCGCGGCCGGAAGGCUCUCCAAGCCGGUGAUGCCAGCCAGCACGAGGGUGGUUCACAAAACCAUCGUGGAGAAAGGCUGCGGCUGCGGCUGCGACUUCGCCAUCGUGAGCAGCACGGUCCGCGUGCGGGUGCAGUGCGCCGGCGACCUCACGGCGGCGGACUGCGCCGGGUGCCUGCAGGACUCGGCGCAGGCCGUGGGCUGGGACCUCGACGCGGCCCGCGGCGGCCGCGGUGGUGGAUUUCAACUGCCACGUUCGGUUCGAUGUCUCCACCGCAGCGACCAGAGUGAUGACCCCAGCGACCACAGCGGCCUUCUCCGUGUAGGCCUUCUAGCUUUGAUCAUAGCCAACUUCAUUCUGAUAGUAGCCAACUACUGCACUCCUUCUCGCCGUCGCCGGUGA